AAGCAAUAGAGCGCAUGCGUGGGCUUUCAUAGAUACAAAAUGGCGCUAAUGAAAAGACUUCAAAAAUCUGCAGUCGAAAUUACUCCAAUUGAUAUCACCCAUAAUUUAGAAUCUUUACAGUUUGAAAGUGCGCUGAAUGAUGACGAAAGACAACUACUCGUCCUGAGGAAAAGAUCUCACGCACUGGUAGUAACCAUGUGCACACAGGCCACGUUUUUCGCAAAUAUUCUUCAUGAAGCAAGGCAAAUAAAGAAACAAAUGAAAAGUCCUCAGAAGAUGACUGCCAAGAUCUUGCAGGACAAAGAUUCACGAGAUCCAUUAAAAGUUGGUAUUAUUGGAUGUGGUCGUCUUGGCAGCCAGUUAGCCCACUGCUUGUUGACAUAUGGCAGAGUGAAUCCUAAAGACCUUAAAGUAUCCACUAGAAGACCAGAAACACUGGAAUACUUACAGAAUAAAGGUGUUGAUUGUUUUCAUGACAAUAUAAAACUAGCUUCCACAUCCCAUGUGGUGUUUAUUUGUGUACUGCCAUCCCACGUACAGGUUGUGGCAGAGGAAAUCAAAGAGCACAUUCCUGUACACACCAUUAUCUACAGUUUUGUAGCUGCCUAUUCAGUCCAAAAACUCAAGCAGAUUCUACAGACUACAAAUAUAUUAAAACCUGACCUAACAUGGACCAAAGACAGUGAACAAAAUUCCUGGGACUGUUCAGAAAAUGUGAAUACUGCACUGGAAAACCCAGUUACAGUUGAAAAGACUUGUCCGUUUGGAAAUCUGAGAUCUGAAUGUGUGAUUUUGACCAAUGAGAAGUUUGGAGAAUUGAUGAUUUUUGCUCUCCUCAAUAUGUGUACAACUCUGCGACUAAACAAGGCAGACUGCCUGACAAUUCUUCACACGACACUUUUUGGUGACAUCUCAGAGGACAAACUUCAGGAAUCUGAUUUCAUCAAAAAGAAUCAAGAUAUGCAUGGGGUUUUCCCCCGGUUUGACUUGGUGAAGGUAUCUCAAGUUAAUACAUCAGUGCAAAAGCGUGUGUCGUCUAGUGAACAUUUGAGAAAGGCUUUCAUUAACAGAUAUCUGACAAUGUUUGAGGAAUAUGUGAAAAGGAAAGCCCUGCUUGGUCCAGACAUGGAUGAAUCUUAAUUCAGAUUUUUGUGAUAAAUUGUAUGAGCUGUAAUAUAAAUAAC